AUGGAAUCAUCAGGCGGCGGUGGAAAUCGUCCGAGGGUAGAAGACGUGAUAUCGAAGCUCAAAGAUGACGGGGAUUUCGAUGCCCUCCGCCUCAAAAUAGUCCGCAAGAUCAAGGAAAAUGUAAGCCUGCCUGCUAAUCCGCUAAUUUCAGCCCCGACCUGUUAGAUCCGUUAAUGUCUGACAUUGAAGUUUCCUUACUGAUUCUGCCGAUGUAUCGCUGUUUUGUGAUGCUACCGUCCCGCUCUCGUCUCUCACGUCGUAUCCAUCCCCGCGAACGUGUGCUAGGCGUCUUUGAAUAUAUUACGAUAGUACGAUGAAUCUAUCUGUUUUUCACGACAUUUUUUCUUAACAGAAAUUUUUAGCUUCUAUUACGGAAUCUGAACUACUCUUCACAGACGAGGGAGUUAGUACUAAUUACAUGGAAGAGAUACGCGGAAUUUCCAUUACAACAUCCGCCGAAAAUCCAGAAACGUGCAUAUAAUGAAACCUGCUGUAAAAAAAUCUCUUUGAUCUGGAUAAGUUAUUGGAAUCCAGGGCGAGUCUUCUCCCAUGGAAGUAGCAGUUCAUCUCUUUGCAGUCUUUGGUUCUGCAUCAAAUCCGUCUCUGUGCUGGAACUCUUGGAGUUUGCCAAUUCAGACUAAUAGGCUCCAGCUUCUGCGCAGCUCAAGAUCUGUUGCGAUGUGUGACAAACUAACUGCGACCUUUCGCUGGCUUCUCGCUUUCCCCACAUCUUUGUUCCUCUAGCAUAGAUUCUCUGGAUCUGUUGUCACUCCAUGGCAACACUUUUUAUUUUAUCCUUCGCAUUGGGACCCUGAAACCUUCUUCGUGCUCUGUUACCACGAUAUCACACUGACUGACAGAUGUCUUUUAAUUCGGACACCCCCAAUAGAUUCGCUUUCGUAAUAACUGAUCGAGGAAAUAAUUUCUCAGAUUUUGGUUCGAUAAUCUGUCACGGUAAAAACUUACGUUUGGGUUAGUAUCUGGUGUUCUACUUUUGAAAAGUUCUUGUUUUUCCCCGUCUGAUUUUGUACGCACCCCUCCCCCCUUUUAUCCUUUACGUUCCUUGUGCAUUCUUGUGUUCAUUUCUGUACAAAUGCAUAUGCAUUCACAGAUUUUAAUUUGGAUGGCGAGUUGCAUGAUGGCCCCUUUGUGAAAAGAAUAAGCCUAACAGAAGAUUGAGGUGAAAGUUGGAAGUGCAUUACGAGUAAUAAGAGAGGAACUCCAUUUGCGCCCUUAUCCAUUUGAAAUAUACUGUUACAGGCAGAAUGAUGAUUUGCAUUCGAAAUGGCCUUGACCUCCGUAUUCAACUCCAGUGCAACAUCAAGUUUUAGUCAGUAUUUUGUAACCAUAUUUUGAUGGCGUCUUUGUAGCUGUAGUUGAUGUGAUAUUUUUAUGGAGAUAAUAAUACUUGUGCUGUGAUAAGUUGUAUCAAUCAAGUUAGCAUGGUGUGAUCUUGUUUUGAUCCGGAGUCAUCCCAUAUGAUCUAACCGGGCAUAAGAUUUUUUUUUUUUAAUCGAGGGAAAAAAAUUAUAGCUGACCCAGCUUCGAUUUGAGAUGUUUCACAGGUCAUAACCUAAUCAUAGCUGUGACGAAAAUACUAUAUUUUCUUGCCUUUUUCCCCUGAGUUUAAUCAGUAUAAGGUACUAUUCAUUUCAAAAAAUUACCAUUAAACAAAUCAAAAACUUACAUGCGCCAUCAGCCACUUCAUAAUGCUAGACAAAAAUGCGCCUGUGCAUAUUUACUAGAUCAGUUUGAGUGGAUAUUCAUUUUAUUUAGUAGUCCAAAAAGUGCCACCAAUGGUGUAGGAGGAGUGAGAUCAAAAGGCUCCAAUAAUCGGCCCAAACCAAGCAAAACCCACGGGCACAUUAUAUUGCAUUGGACACCAGAAUAUCUAUCACUGAUUUACUAGUCUCUGUCUUAAAAGUCAACUGAUGAAAUGGACAGUCCAACACAGGAGGACCUGCGCAGCCAGAUUAUCUUAGAGGUGAAACAGUCAGCCGCGCUUAAUCGUGAAGGAGCUGUAAACUUGAAACCCCGGCAGCUUUCAGACGCCAUUCAUGAAGAGAUUGGGUAAGUUCGGGCGUGCUGGCCUGAGUUUUUACCCAGUCGUACUUGGUAAUUAUUGCUUGAUGCACCCUGGUUUUGCUUCCAUAAAGCCCGGACUCUCUCUCCAGGGUUUCCAUGGUUUGACCACAUCUUCCUCUUCCACACCAACCCUGCAUCUCCUCCAGGAACAAGGUCAUGGGCCAUAUCUCUGACGAGCUGUGGAGGAUCAUCCGGUCCAGCGAUGGAAUGCGAGAUGAGAUAAGGGAGUCGGUCAGGUCUGUCUAUAAUAAGCUGAUGAACCCCCGACAGGAGGAGACAAACGGCUUGCCGACUCUGACCAGCCGCCAAUCAGUCAACGAUGGGGAGGCCAUUUCUCGACAAGCAGGCUCUUCUUUGUCAAUCGUCCCACCCAGUAAGGAGCCUCUGGAACCGCCAGGGUUCGCUCCUCAAGCUCAUGGUCCGUAUGAAGCAGCCAUAUCGUCUGAUGAUGAACCAACGGAACCGCCAGGGUUCUUCACUACAUUUAUUCAGGCGCAGUCGGAGAACUCCAGCAAGGAGGAACCCGAGGAACCGCCUGCAGCGGGGGGGCAGGCACCUGAGCACCGCAAGGAAGAGCUCCGCAGUUCACCAGCUUCUUCACCAGCGAGCGAUGGCGAUGGCGCCACCCCUCCUGGAUUUGCUCAUCUUCAGAGGGCUGAUCACGUGGCGGCUCCCAGUGACGAGGAGGACCCCGAUGUCCCCCCUGGUUUCGGAUGA